AUGGGUUACCGUGUGGCCGAUAGUAAUUCUGAUUCUAUAUUCGCCGUACUAACUGCUUUAAAUUUAAUAACUAUUGUACUAGAGAUAACUGUUGCAUUAGGCUUGGAUACGGGUUGUAGUGUGACCGAUGGUAAUUCUGGUACCAUGAUAGAGGAAGGAAUCAAACCGAAUGAUGUCACCUUUGUGGGUGUGUUGAGUGCUUGUAGUCAUGCUGGUCUUAUUAGUAGGGGAUGGAUGUAUUUCACAUCCAUGAGUGAUGUUUAUGGUGUGACUCCUAAAGUUGAACAUUAUGGAUGCAUGGUUGAUAUUUUGGGACGAGCAGGGUAUCUUAAGGAGGCAAGAGAACUCAUUAGCAGUAUACCCUUUGCACCAGAUGCAAUUGUCUGGAGGGCUCUUCUAGGUGCCUGUAGGAUGGACAAGAACGUGGAACUAGCAGAAGAAGCUAUAGUUAAUCUUCUGGAGUUGGAGCCUCAUGUGGAUGGGAAUUAUGUUCUUUUGUCAAACAUAUAUUCACAGGCAAAGAGGUGGGGUGAAGUUGCGAAAAUCAGGAGGAUAAUGAGAGGGAAAAUUUAUGCAAUUCAAGAGCAGGGAGCAGGGGAGGCUGUGGAGCACCUCUGUGUUUCCCUGAGGAAACGUAGAGGUCCACAGCCUCCAUUGCUCCGUGCUUUUGAGUUGCAGAAGCUAGAAGAUGAGAUUGGGAGAAGAGUUGCAGAAGCCAAAAUCCGAGAUUGGGAGAGGGAGUAA